GACGGGCAGACUCACCCCUUGAUGAUGGCGCCAGCCCCCCGUCGUGGCCUGAUCGUCUCUUAGAGGGGCAGCCACUUUGGGGGGUGCUGAUGGACACCUGCGGGGUCGGCUAUGUUUCCCUGGGAGAGGCCGGCCCCGUGGGGAACAUGGCUGUGGAGGACUCUCCUGGACAAGAGGUGCUAAGUGCACUCGACGUCGCAGCCUCUUCGGAAUUGACCAGUGCAGAGUCUUCUGUAGAGAUGUCGUUGCCUCCCCCUUUGCUUGGAUUUGAGGAGUCCCCCGAUGAGACGAGGCUCCCUCCAGAGCAGGAAGGCCUCUCCAGACUGGAGCAGCCAGAUCUUUCUUCAGAGAUGUCAAAGAUCUCAAAGCCUAGGGCCUCAAAGCCUGGCCGGAAGAGAGGUGGUAGGACACGGAAAGGCCCCAGAAGGCCCCAACAGCCUAAUCCUCCAUCAGCCCCUCUGGUUCCUGGCCUCUUAGAUCAAUCCAACCCUCUGUCCACCCCCGUGCCUAAGAAACGAGGUCGAAAGUCCAAGGCAGAGCUGCUCCUGCUGAAGUUGUCAAAAGACCUAGAUCAGCCUGAGUCUCCAUCUCCAAUGAGGCCCCCUGAGGACUUUGAGACCCCUCCUGGGGAACGGCCCCGCCGAAGGGCUGCCCAAGUGGCACUCCUGUAUCUCCAGGAACUGGCGGAAGAGCUUUCCACAGCCCUGCCUGCUCCUGUGUCCUGUCCUGAGAACCCCAAGGUUAGCAGCCCCGUCAAGCCGAAGAAAUGUCAGCAGCAGCCAGCCUGCCCUGGUGGCGAAGUGGAGGAGGAUGCUACCCGGGAUGAAGACUUUGUUCUCCAAGUCGAGGCUGAAGAUGGGGAAGAGAGUGAGGCCCCGAGUGAAAGCUCGUCUGACCCUGAGCCUGCAGUGCCCCGCAGCACCCCGCGAGGAUCCACUUCAGCGAAGCAGAAGCCACACUGCCGGGGAGUGGCUCCCAACGGCUUACCCAAUCACGUCAUGGCUCCCGUGUGGAAGUGCCUCCACCUCACCAAGGACCUCCGAGAGCAGAAGCAUUCAUACUGGGAGUUUGCUGAAUGGAUUCCUUUAGCCUGGAAGUGGCACUUGCUGUCUGAGCUGGAGGCAGCGCCCUACCUGCCCCAGGAGGAGAAAUCGCCACUGUUCUCUGUCCAACGCGAAGGGCUACCUGAAGAUGGCACGCUCUACCGAAUAAACAGAUUCAGCUCCAUCACAGCACACCCAGAGCGCUGGGAUGUGUCCUUCUUCACGGGAGGUCCGCUUUGGGCUCUGGACUGGUGCCCAGUGCCUGAGGGCGCAGGAGCCUCGCAGUAUGUGGCCCUCUUCUCCAGCCCUGACAUGAAUGAGACACAUCCCCUGAGCCAGCUUCACUCGGGCCCUGGACUGCUGCAGCUUUGGGGCCUUGGAACCUUGCAACAAGAUAGCUGUCCUGGCAACAGGGCCCACUUUGUCUACGGGAUCGCUUGUGACCACGGCUGCAUCUGGGACCUCAAGUUCUGCCCCAGUGGAGCAUGGGAACUUCCAGGCACCCCUCGGAAGGCCCCUCUCCUGCCCCGGUUGGGCCUCUUGGCUCUUGCCUGCUCAGACGGGAAGGUGCUGCUGUUCAGCCUCCCCCAUCCUGAGGCCCUGCUGGCCCAGCAGCCCCCAGAUGCAGUGAAGCCUGCCAUUUAUAAGGCCCAGUGUGUGGCAACCCUGCAGGUGGGGUCUAUGCAAGCCACAGAGCCCUCUGAGUGUGGUCAGUGCCUUAGCCUGGCCUGGAUGCCUACCAGGCCCCAUCACCACCUGGCUGCAGGAUACUAUAAUGGCAUGGUGGUUUUCUGGAACCUUCCCACUAACUCGCCCCUGCAGCGGAUACGGCUCUCUGAUGGCUCCUUGAAGCUCUACCCCUUCCAAUGUUUCCUAGCCCAUGACCAGGCUGUGCGUACCCUUCAGUGGUGCAAAGCUAACAGUCAUUUCCUUGUCUCUGCGGGGAGUGACCGGAAAAUUAAAUUCUGGGACCUUCGACGGCCUUACGAGCCAAUAAACUCAAUCAAGCGCUUCUUGAGUACAGAGCUGGCCUGGCUUCUCCCCUACAAUGGUGUCACCGUGGCUCAGGACAACUGCUAUGCCUCCUAUGGACUCUGUGGGAUUCAUUAUAUUGACGCUGGUUACUUUGGUUUCAAGGCCUACUUCACUGCUCCUCGAAAAGGCACUGUCUGGAGUCUGUCAGGAUCCGACUGGCUUGGGACGGUAGCUGCAGGAGAUAUAUCCGGGGAGCUCAUUGCUGCUAUAUUGCCUGAUAUGGCACUGAAUCCAAUAAAUGUCAAGCGACCUGUAGAGCGAAGAUUUCCUAUAUAUAAAGCAGAUCUGAUACCGUAUCAGGACAGUCCUGAAGGUCAAGACCACUCUUCUGCUUCAUCCGGGGUCCCCAAUCCUCCCAAGGCUCGAACUUACACUGAAACUGUCAACCAUCACUACCUGCUCUUUCAAGACACAGAUCUGGGCUCCUUCCAUGACCUGCUCCACAGAGAGCCAAUGCUGCGCAUGCAGGAGGGAGAGGGGCACUCCCAGCUCUGCCUGGACAGGCUGCAGCUUGAGGCCAUCCAUAAGGUACGUUUCAGCCCAAACCUGGACUCCUAUGGAUGGCUGGUAUCUGGGGGACAGUCGGGGCUGGUUCGAAUCCAUUUCGUCCGUGGACUCACCUCCCCACUGGGCCACCGAAUGCAGCUUGAAAGCCGAGCCCACUUCAGCGCUAUGUUCCAGCCAUCCUCCCCUACUAGACGGCCUGGCUUCCCUCCAAGCAGCCAUCACCUUCUGCCCAGCCCCUAGUUCUGGUCCACACAGGACCCCUGGAAUGAAGUCUGCCAAGAACAAAUGGCCCCCAUGCACAGAGCCAUAGAAACUGGGGCCUUUCUGGACAGUGAUGUCACCAGGCCUGGACCGCUAGGCCCGCCUCCAGGACUCCGUAGAUCCCUCCUUUCAGACUUCUGUGAUGACAGCCCCCUGCGGGCAGGGGGGCUCUCCCUCCACAAACUCAAGGCUGCUCGGCCUAAGACUGUGGCUCGUGAGAAACAUGCAGGCCUGACCCAGGCUUGGGAGUCACACUGCUCAUAUUGAGCAUAUUGUUGAGCGGGUGAAGCUAAGUAAAGGUACUGGGUGUUUUUGAGACCACACACGAGUGGGUGUUUGGAGAGCUGAAAGAGGUGUUGCCUGCAUGAAGGCUCUUGUCUGACUACUCCAGGACCCUGUGGCACCGCCUUCCUAAACUUCUGUAGAGUAACCAAUACACGGGCAGGCCCACGAGGUGAUAGCAACUUGUGGGACUUCUUUAACGGAAGAACACCACAGACACCCUAACAAUGGGACAGUGGCUCAGACCUCACUUGGUCCUGCUUUGGAAAUAUUCCCAAUCGCUGGUCAUCUGACCCUACUUGAACACUCCUAGACAGUCAUGUUUUUAAAAACCUUCCUUGAUAUCAAGUCAAAGGGUAUCUCUCCAUAGAUCUUACCCAUGGGUGUUAGGAAAUUGAGUCAUUCUUCCCUGUGGUUGCCCUCUUAAGUAUUUAACCAUAGCUACCAUGUGUUUUCCACCUCUCUAGAUUAAAUAUCUUCAGUUACUUCAACCAUU